GGAGGCACGUCGCUGUCGCCGCCGCCGCGUGUAGCCGGCGUUUCGAACGCGCGCCCCUGCUGCUGUCACCGGCGGCACGCGCAUCACCUGUCGCGACCUGGCGAAACCGGCGCGCAAGCAUUUUGUUCUGCAAUUUUUGUUCUCUCGGACCGCCUGCGAAGUUACAGGCAGACCUUCUCCACUGAACGGCCGGUACGGCGCCUUCACGGACAAGAGCGCGCCCGUGAUGUCCCCGCGGCAGCUGGCCAGGGCGGGGACGAUCCCGCUCGCUUAGGCCGGCCUACCAUGCAGAUAGACGGCGCCCCGGAAAGCUCUCUGCUGGCCCAGAAUCGCAUGGGAAAAGACGCCCUCCAGAAAUCCAACAGCGUGCCUCUCAUGACCGGUAACAGCCGACGGCCUGAGGCCACCAAGAAGUGUGUGCUUCGACUCGAUGGCUACUCCUACCUUAUCGUGGCCAAUCCGCCUCCAGAGGCUCCUGCCAAAGAUGCUCCCGAAGGAGAGGCCGAAGAGGAGGACGUUGGAGAUCCCACCAAGCCGGGUACCGUGGUGGUGCGUCGCUUCCAGCCUCGCGUGGCCACGGUUGUGCGCGAGAAGGCUGGCGAGCAGUGCGACGAAGGCCCAAGCGAGGACGAUGCCGACGCGCAGGCCGGCGACCGCCGCAACGGCAAGAACCGCGGAGCACUGGGCGACGCCCGGCCGCUGCCGCCUGUCGACACGCUGGAGGCCUGCGACAAAGCCGCAAACAGGUUGCGAGACCUGUCGACGCACCUCCAGCACGGCGACGUUCCGUUAGAUAUGCUUCAAAAAACACUUCAGUACGCAGCCUGCGUCCUUGAAGCCGUUUGUCAAGAUGAAACAAGCGGAUCGUUUUCCAAAGGUGCUCAGUCAUUUUUUCGGAAGAUGCUGGACGAGGAGGAUGACCUGUCAGAAGUGCAACCGGAUGCGGUGCCCAAUGAAGUGCGAGAAUGGUUGGCGUCCACCUUCACGCGUCAAGCGGCAACGCAGAGGAAGCGGUCGGAGGACAAGCCACGGUUUCGUUCUGUGGCCAACGCAAUCCGGGCAGGCAUUAUGGUUGAGAAAAUUUACCGACGGCUGUCAAGCUCAACGCUCCUGCAAAUUCCUAAUCACCUUGCAGCUUUACUCAAGUCUGUAGACGACUGGUGUUUUGAUGUGUUCAACGUGAACGAAGUGGCAAAUGGACAAAUCCUGCGCUAUCUGACAUACGAAUUGUUCGGGAGGUAUGGGAUUGUUCAUAAGUUCAAGAUAUCGUCAGCAGCGCUAGAGAACUUCAUCACUGCUGUGGAGCAAGGGUACUGCAAAUACAAAAACCCCUACCACAACAACCUGCACGCAGCAGACGUCACCCAGACCGUCCAUUACAUGCUCUACUCAGCAGGCAUCGGUAACUGGUUGACAGAACUGGAAGCAUUUGCCACCUUGUUUGCAGCAAUUAUCCAUGAUUAUGAACACACUGGAACAACCAACAACUUCCAUGUGAUGUCUCGGUCAGAAACUGCGCUGAUCUACAAUGACCGAUCUGUUCUUGAAAACCAUCACAUCAGUGCAGCUUUUCGCUUGUUAACGGAUGAUGACCAAAACAUAUUAUCAAGUUUAAGCAAGGAAGAGUACAAAGAAUUCCGUCUAUUGGUUAUUGAAAUGGUCCUAGCAACAGACAUGACCUCUCACUUCCAGCAAGUGAAGACCAUGAAGACAGCCCUGAGUCACCAUGAUUUCAGCCUUGACAAGGCCAAAGCGCUCAGCUUAAUCCUUCACUGUUGUGACAUCAGUCACCCAAGCAAAGAAUGGAGGCUGCAUCAUAGGUGGACAUAUCUUCUUAUGGAAGAAUUCUUUCAACAGGGUGACAAAGAACAUGAACUUGGACUUCCAUACUCGCCACUGUGUGACAGAAACACAACACUAAUUGCGGAGUCCCAGAUAGGCUUUAUUGACUUCAUUCUCAAUCCAACCAUGGAUGUGUGUGGAGACCUUUUGGAAAAAAUACUCCAGGUUGCACAAAGAACUACUGAAGACAGCAUUUCAGAAGAAGGUAGCGAGAACAAAGGAACAGAGGCACUGAGUGAAGAUGAUGCCAAGGCCCAGGAUGACAAAACCAAAGAUGACUCUAAGCAGCAAAAUUACAAUAAAGGGGAGGAUGCCAAACCACACGAAGAAGGGAAGAAACAGAAUGAGGAAAAAAUGCAGCAACGCUCACUCUCCAUGGUACGGCCAAUACGCACUACAAGCACCACAAGCAUCACAAGUCUCUCAAGUCUAACAGCAACCAGCACUGAUGAGGGCAUAAAAUGUGGUAAAAUGGGAAGCGCACCUUCUUCACCGAGGUCACCGAAAGGACAAGUCGCCCCCAAAGAGCUCAAGAGGCCUUGGCUCAAAUACCUGGAAGAGAAUCGCAGCAUGUGGCAAGAAAGGGCAGCACAAGACGCAGAGGCGAGAAGAAAACGAGCAAGCCAAGCAAAUGAAGCACUGGAGUCUCAUAGGGUCGAGACCCUGCCGGUGGAGUCAGGCUUGCUGAAGCCGCAGCUGUCCGCACCUUCAGAAUCCAAAGCCUCUCAAGUCAAAGAUUCUACUGAGCCGCAACCUACAAGCUCUAGAGCACUUGAGUUUACGCCACUAGACUAGAGUCUCAGCUAACACACAAAUUAAUGCUAAGGCAUUAAAUUGUGUGAUGGUAUUUGAAUGCUUUUUACAAGCAGGGCCAAUUCUAAUGUUCACUCUGAUGUUUGUGCACCUGUCAACAUUUGCACAGCAAGAUGCCCUUGCAGCUACUCUACAUUGUGAACAAGUACUAUAUACGCCAUCAUGAUCUACAUAUAUAAACAUUACCUUAGUGUAACUACUCCACCAAGGAAAAAUCAUUUAUUCUUCUUGUUUUUUAUUUUCUCAAACUAAAUAUAUUGCUCCUAGUUUUGUCAGUGCAAUUAAGUUGAAAGUGUGGCUAGCUUUCUCGAGGCAUCUUGUCUUGUGCAGAUGCACACACAUGCAGGUACACACACAUACCUCCACACAACACACCCAGGCACUUGAAGUCAUUCCUUCAGUCUGCCCUCAUUCUAGCUCACAUUGUUCUGUUCGCACUAGCAUUAUACAGUAGCUAGUAUUCAACAUGGGCACAAAACUUGGUGAGGCUUUUCAACUAAAGUCAAACUAAAUAUGCAUGCUCCAGGAAAGGAUGACAAUAUAAGCUUACUGUUGGCUACUUUUGUUUUUGCAUCUAAGAUGCACAUUUUGCUAUCUAUACCUAAUCAUGUUCAUCCUGUAUGCUGUGAUCAUUUAAAACAGUUUUUUAGCUAUGACCUAUACAGGUUAUAUGUAUACAUAUUGUGAAUGUAAGUUACAAGAAUCUUUCGAGACACCCUUGCUCUUUUUUUCUUUUUUUUUAAUGCUGUGAUUUGUCCUUGCUUGACUUUCAUUCCAGUUUUUCGAUUGCAUCAGGUGUGGUGAAAGUAUGCGAGGAAAUGUACAUGUAAGGUUUCAUCCUGCUAACGAAAUCUAAGCUUCUCUUCCCUUGGGGUCUUCUGCAGUCUUUGACACAUAAUUGUGUACUGCUUUUCACUAAACAGUUUUUAAAACAGAACUUUUAUUCAGAUCAAUAUAAAGUGAAGGCAAAUUUACAACCCAUUCUGUAUUUAAGGCUUGACUUUUUCAAACAAGCUGUUGUUUAUUUGUGUGAUGUGAAUGAAUUGCUAAGACAAAACAUUUCUGCACUGAAGUUCUACAGCAAGCAAUUCAUAUAUACAUUUUAGCAGCAUCAAUGCAUUAUUCUACACGGGUGAAGAUACAGUUGCAAUGAUCUUGUUACAGUGGCUUGUUGCAUAUAGCGAUAGUUGUGCAAGUUAUUUACAGCAAGGUGUUGCUGUAGCAUCAUGUGAUAAAGAUGUUCAUUGGGUAAUAUGCUUGACAGAGAAGACAGAUAAGACAGUAUAAUGUAAAGAACCUCAUUGUCAACGUUUUCCUCUAUUUUAAGUGCAAUACGGUUUCACUCCUUGCCUAAAAAAAGCUUGCUGUAGCAUGUAUAUAACACUGUGAGGUAAAAUGUUUCUUUGACACCCUAAAAUAAAGCAUGACCUUACAGUUUAUGCUUGCCCUUAGCAUGCUAAUAAAUGCAGAAACAUAUUAUUUGCUAUGACUCAAUGUAGUUCUUCACUGCACGCAGCUAACCCCAAGACAGCAGCGCCUUCAGAUAGGGAUGUAGUUUUGUAUAAAAGAUGCAGCCAUAUACUAACUAUUUUAUCCUGCAGAACUAUAUGCAGAGCAUGAAACAGGUAUUUUUGCAAAAAAAAAAUAAAUAAGGAAUAACAAUGUCAAAACCAAGAUAUUAAAUUAUGAUGCCCAUGUAAUGCAGAACUUGUAUUAUCUACUUCAAGUAGUGAUAUCAUUAUCAAUGCAGUAAUUUUACUGUCUUAUUGUUUUGCAGUAAUUCUAAGAUUUUUGUGAAGCCUCAAUUACUUUCUGUUGCAGCUAUGUCAAUGCCAUGUAACAACGAAAAUGUCUAGUGUAUUAACGAUUUAUAUAAGUUAUGUUACAUUCAUAGAUGGUAAGGAUUUAUAUAUACACAUAUGAAAGCAUAUAUUAUAUACACCAAAAAAGCUAUAUUUACAUUUCAUGUUGACACCGUUAUUCCAAAGCAACAAAAAGUGCACUAUCCUUACUUAAGGUGGUCUAAUAUCCAGUGCCACAUUGCACAUUGAUACCCGUCUUACUGCAAAAAGAUAUUUUCGUAGGCUGGGGAUGUCCAUAGCAACGAACCAUCAGUGUUUUUUGAGAAUGCCAUCAUUUCUCAUUUUAUUUUUCUCCACGUUCUUCCCAAUUAACACCUCCAACAAAUGCUUGAGCAUAGGCUUGCUUUGCUUGAGGCUGACUAUCAUAUCAAUAAUAACUUCAGUGCUGUAAUUGCCAUCUCUGCUUAAAACAGCGGCUACACCUUGACAUUUUUGCUUGCCAUGUGAUGCUGCCUUUUAGCUGAAAGUGGCAAAUAUCUAGCUCUUCCCCACACUAUAAGAUUGUAGCAAUGGAACCAAAGAUAGAGAAGCACUGCAGUGAGUAUCUAAAAUAUAUUUUGCUGCUGAAGAAACAUUCUUGCAGAUGACCAGGUUUCAAAAGUACUGGCUCACUGAAACUUUGAACAGCCUCGAGCAACUUACAAUGUACUGCUUUAAAAUGUAAAUCCCUUGAGAUGUAUAUAUGCACAGCACAUUUUACCAGUAUGUAUGGACAUCCUGAAUGCAUGAGAUGCACUUGAUAUUCAUGUAAUGGUUGUGUACAAGGCUGCAAUGCUGCUCGGUGUACAAGUUUUCUUGAGUGACAGUGCCCCUAUUGUUCGAAAACUUUGCAAGCUGCCAGCGUGCCAAGCUGUAUGUUUGCAUGUUUCUCAUGGUGUGUGUGUACAGAAACUAGAGACAGCCUCCAGGGGCAAGGGACUAUGUGUUACUGGGUGACUUGCACCUGUUUUCGAUUUAUGAAGUUGCAUUUAAUGUCAGAGAGCAGUGCCCUGCUGCACUUACACCCUCAAACACCCCAUUCUCCGCAUUAACCUGACAACAAUUUUUUUUCCCUUCAAAACUGCUCCACAAUACCUGCAAUGUUGCACUCAAAAACUGAGUGCAUCAGUGACCACUGUUUCUGAUAUACAGUCAAACCCCUUUAUAAGAGACAGUGAUAUAAGAGACAGAUGGGUGUUAGAGACACCAGUGUGCCUACAAUAGAAUACGACUUAACAAAAAAUGCAUAUGUGGUACCCUGCUUAUAAGAGACAUCUCCUAUAAGAGACAAGAAUUGCUGCUCGAAGCAGGCCUGUUAUAAAGGGGUUCAACUGUAUCACUGUGUAAAGUAUAACCUGUGAAUUUUAAGGAUCUGGCAUGACUAAAUUAGGCAUCCCAGCUUAAGCUCAUGUGAUAACAUGUAGUAAUGUUCUAAUGGUAAAACAAAUCUGACACACUGUUAUUUAUUUGAUAUACGCUUUAGAGAUUCUUACUUAAGAUGCCUAAAUAUGAGGAACAAAACAGAAGUGAUGUGAAAAAAACAAACAGAAGCAUACAUGUUAAGGCUUUCACUUGAUGACAAGUGUUUGAAGUCAUGCCAUCAAAUUGUGACAGUGGAGCUUGCAAACAUAGCUGGUAUUCUGUUACUUUUCCAUAAACUGCUAUUGUGAACUAGUUCUCUACACGACUAAAGUGUAUAAAACCAAUCUUACACUAAGCUAUGGUCUAGUCACCCUUAUAGUAUUACAGAACAAACAUUAUUUAUACUUUUUUUGUCUUUCACAUAUAUCUGUCCAUUAACUGCAAGCAUAAAAGUGCUUGUAUUUUCUGGCCAACAGUGUAACAACCUAUGGACCAGGCACAAUGUCUAUUCCUUCGCACAAAGCUUCACGCUCAGCACAUACUGGACCAGAGGAAACAAAAACUGAAAUAUUCUAACAUGUUUCCUGCAUGAUAAUCCAGCUGCUGUUGUACUGCUAAAAAGCUUUCUGGUGUCUGUAGUGGCUCAGUAUCAUAUGUGCUAUACCCCCAUUGCCAUAUAGUACAAAAACCCCCUUUGUGCUAAUCUACACUGGAAGUGCAUGGUACGUACGUACAUAUCAUGUUAAAAGUGGUAAUCUGAACCAGAUGGUAGAUAGAAUUCAAAACGAAACAAAAAUGUGAAAGAACACACAAGGGCCAAACAGCAUACAUGUGAAGUCUUUCACUCCUAUCCUCUUGCAUUAAGCCAGUAUCAACCACUACACUUCUUUUCUUUUUUCUUAACAGGAAAGUUAUAAAAGGAAGAACACAGACAGCCUAGAAUACUUCAAUAUAAAAAUUUGUCGGCAAUGCCAUAUUAAUGCUGAAAUUGUUUGCAAGUACCGCUUUGCUAAACCCUAAAGAAAAAGAAAGAGAAAAAAAACACAGGCCAUGCGCAUUUGAUUUCAAAAAUGCUCUCGAAAUAAUUGUUUUAGCAUCACUGUUGUGUAGAGUAUCAAGUCAUUGAAAUCAAAUUUAUUUAUAAAUAAUAAUUAACAAAAAUAAUAUUUGUGGGGUUUAACAUCUCAAAACCAUGACAUGAUUAUAAAGAACUCCAUAGUGGAGGGCUCCAAAAAUUUUGACCACCUGGAGGUCUUCAAUGUGCACUUAAACCUAAGUGCUACACAGGCCUCAAGCAUUUGUGCCUCCAUGGGAAAUGUGGCCGAGGCUGCGACCUGCGGGUCAGCCGUCUAGCACUAUAACCACUAGAAAAUCAUGGCAGAUGAAUGAAACAAAGGCUCAAAGAAGUGUCAUAUGUGGAACGAUGUGGAAAUCAGUUGUUUGAAGAUAAGCUUUUCAUGAUAAAAGCCAUACCAACGUUUAAGAUGAGUCACAUCAUCUUAACAAAAAUACUACUGUAACACAAUGUUCACAAUGUCGAAUAAAUGCAAUAUAUUGGCAGAACUAUGAAAAAGGUGGCUAUUUUUUCUCAGCUGCACUUUAAUAAAGAAAACAAGUCUACAGACAUUAUUGAUGGCCUGUUGUAAUCUUGAAAAAUUGUUUCUCUAGUCGACGAAAUGUACUGAAAAUAUAAAGUCUAUUUCAGUUGAGGAAAAAAAAAACAUCAGCACUUUUAUAUGAAGGGGAAAUGUCAUCCAUCUCAUAGCAGCAUGCGACUACAAAGAAUUUUAGAUAAAUGAGUUAGAUUCACAAAAUACUGCCACAUCGCGUUGCUAUUAGGCCCUUAGCGAUAACUUCAAUAGAAAACGAUUAAUCUGUGAUGUUAUCAACCACUACUAGCCAAGUAAUUUCACAUCAGAAAAAUCAUUAACCUAUUUACUUAUUGACAACAAUGGUCUAGUUAAAUAUAACACUAGGAUUUUCAUCAGGCCAAAUUAAUUUGAUCAAUACACCUGUGACACUUGACUAGAGCUAAAGAUUAGACAAAGCCAGAAGCAUAUGCUUAAGAACACAGCAAGGAUUCAAUCGAAUGAUACUUCUUUUCACUAUGUGCAAGUUCUCUCGCAUGCAAAAUAUAAAAAUAUGCAAUCGAUUAAUCAGUUUUUGUUAUUAUGACAUGGAUGUUACAGAGCAUAAAAUAUACAUAGGAGGGUCCCAAAGUACUGUAACAGGACCCUCGGUGAUAUUACAAAUAAAUAAAACAAGAAUUAGCAGCUGUUUAACUGUAAAAGGCAAACAAGCAAUACACAAAGCAGAAUGAAAAACAAACAGGCAUGGAACCAAAAAUUAAUAAUAAUAAGUACACUAUAAAGCAACACAAAUCUGGUAAAAAUAACAAAUACACAUCAAAUAUUUAAACAAAUGUUCUUUCAAUGAGUUUUUGAAUGAAAUUAAAGAAACUUUACUUUGUAGUGAUGAGAGCAAAUUUUUCCAUAAGGAGAUGGCAUAGAAGUGUGAAGAUUAUUCAUCAUCUUUCCAUUUACCAGCAAGCAAAAGCAAGUAGCAGCAAUAACUCAAAACAAGGUUUCUGCUAGAUUUAACAAAGUAAUCUGAAUGCUGCUCUUCACUCAUCAGCCCAAGCUACAAAAAUAAGUUAAUACUUGGGUUUUAAUUAUGCUAUCAAUAGUGACCACUUUGUAUUGUGGUGUCAUAGUUAGCCAGUAAAUUCCUUUAUGUACUAAUUAACAUACCGAGCAUUAUUGGGUUCCAUAAAAGUUAAUUGCCACUUCAUUAUAAUUUGAAUAUAAAUUGCCACAUAAAAAUACAUGUCUGUAUAUUAAAACUAAAAAAGCCAGAGAGCUUUAUGAGGAAAAGUACAUGCAGUUAAUACUGGCCCUAAUAAAGUUACUGUAGCAGCUUAUGUGCGUACUGUCGCACGUUAAAGAACCCCAGGUGGUCGAAAUUCCCGGAGCCCUCCACUACAGCGUCUCUCAUAAUCAUAUGGUGGUUUUGGGACGUUAAACCCCACAUAUCAAUCAAUAUGUACGUACUGACUAAUAUGUACCCAAUGCACAUUCUCAUCAGACUGACAAAAGAAACUAAAAAGCAAGAGUACAAAGCCUAGAAUAUAUGAAAUAUAGUAUUUUGUGACUUACCAAAAGUUUGUAUUGUGUUAGGACUGGGUAAAAAUUAUCCCUUUCAUUAAAAAUUCUCCCACCUUCCAGAUUUCUGCCGAAAUUGGCCAUUUUUUGCAUGCUACUAUACUUAUAUCUACCACUGCAAGAAACACUGCUUUUCCACAAAUAUGGCAUAAAUUAGUGUAUCUUGAAUGAAACUACUACUGUAUAAGUUUAUACUGCUCGUACCUUGACUACCAUGAAGAAAAUAAACUGCCAAACGUUUAACGCUAGGCCUUGGUGGCCCCCAAUAAACCAUUUGUGCAGCCAAUUACAUUGUAGCCAUGUCCAACUGAUCAGGAGCACCACAAUGUCGAACUUUCAAAGUUCCGUUCAGUAACAUUAUUUCACAUAGACCACCCAGUGUAGUGGAAAUGUGCCAAUUUUUGUCCACUACAUGUACUGUAAAAUUAAUGCAACAUUAAAGUAAAAAAAAAACUAACAUUAGCUGAAUUUAUCAUACUUCCUUUUUUUAUGGAAGAGUUCACCUCUCCACAGCCCUCAAUAGACUUUUACAUACCACGUGAAGCUAUUCUUGAACGACCCAUGAACAUAGACCUAAACAAUGCUUGAGGAUGAGAACUGCAGGGCAAGACAACUGUCAACAGAGCUUCUUUGUAGUUGUACAACAGUUUUGGUUGCAUUUAUCAGCCAUCACACAACAUGUGAGAACCUUGCAAAGUACUGGUGCUCCAGUUUAAGUCUUUGAAACCUUUACACAGCCGGAGACAGAUGGUACAUAUUUGCACUCCUGACACAUCUGGUCAGCACCUUCCCCUAUAAUACUGGAUGGCUAGAAACAUUAGUUUCAUUUUUUUUCCCUUGUUGAACCUGUGCAGUGGUUGAGGGUGUCAGCUGCAAAAUGAUUCUUUAUGGCAUCACUUUUCUUGAUUUCCCUUUUUGUUCUUCAUAAGCAGCAUAAACACAUCAAGAGCUCCUCUAAGAGCUGCAUUUGUUAAUAUAUAUAGUGAUGCAACUCUGGCUCACGAACAAAGAAGCAAAACAAACUACUGCACUCCACAAGGUUUCACUAAAGUGUUUCCUCUAAUCACUGACCCAAUGUUUGUGAUGUUCCAGAGUCUGACCAUGUAUUGACCACACUCGACAUCCGCGUGCCAGCUUCCCAACAACUCACCGAUGUUGGCUUCUCUCCAAAACUAUAAUGUUUAAUUGGUGGUUCUGUGAUCAACAUUCAGUGUAGAUGUGUACAUUGCACAUCGAAAAGUUUAAUAGCCCACAUGCAUUCUUAAAGACAACUAUUGUGCAAAGUAUCUUACAAUAAAAGCCUUGAAAAUGCAAACCCUUAUUCCAUUUUUACCUCUGUGCUUCAAGAGUUGGUCAUCUGCAUUGUUUUUGAGUGUGUAACCUUCUGUAAUGGAUUGUCCACAACUUUAAGGACAAACUGCCUCGUUAUGUGCAGUCAAGAAAUCUUGUCAUAAUAAAUAUGUAACAUCUGACUAUGUAAAUAUAAUGUUUUUGGGCAACUGCCCAUGACACUGUUGUCCAGUAUGUAAAUUUGUCAGUGACCUACUUUCUGUUACCCUUGUACAUUCAAAUUAGUAGCGACGACAACACUGAAUUGGUACUGCUUUUGGUACUAGACCACUGUCCUGUGUCAGUAUAGAUGUGAAAAAAGGGAGGUUUAAUUGGUGACACAAAGCAUGCUGUUCAUUAUGCCACAUUUAAGCAGAAAAGGGAGAUAUUGCUUGUUGACAAGUGUAACCUAAUUUAAUGUAAUAAAGGAUGACUUGUCAGUUA